AUGUCAACCGAGAAUAAAGAUAAUGUUAUACAACAAAAGUUAGCCAGAACGUUACACCGUUUCGAGAGUAAGAUUGUUGCAGGAGACUAUUAUGAGGCACAUCAGACCCUGAGGACAAUUGCUAACAGAUAUGUCAGAGCUAAGACUUAUGAAUUGGCUAUUGAAUUAGUCAGUCAAGGUUCCACGUCGUUGUUGAAAGCUAAACAAGGUGGGUCUGGUACUGACCUUAUCUUCUACUUAUUAGAAAUAUAUGAUCAGGCUGAAGUGACCGUAGAUGAUGCCUCUAUUGGUAGAUUGAUUCAAUUGUUGGUUCUAAUUGAACCAACGGAACCAAAUAUGAAGGAUGUAAUAACUGGUAUGAACAAUUGGUCUGUAAAGUUCAGUGACUAUAAAUUUGGUGACCCAUACUUACAUAAUGUGAUGGCCUUGAAGCUGUUAGAAGGUGAACAUAUAUAUGAGGCCGAGAGAUAUUUCAUGUUGGGUACACAUGAUUCAGUAGGGAAAUAUAUUGAAUUAGUAUGGGAUUGGUUUGUUCAGGCUGUAGAUGAAGAUAUUCAAAAAGGUUUCAAUACACCACAAUUGACUUUAGUAGGAUCUUUCUUUAAUAGAUUAAUAUUCAAUUAUUUGUUUAUUUCUAAUAUCAAAUUUGCCAAUGAAGCAAAAGAAAAGUUCUUAAAGCAAUAUGUUGAAGAAUAUCCAGAUGUGAAAUACGAAACCAUUGCAAAACGAAUUCCAGGUCAGGAUGAAGAUUUUAAACUAUUUUUCUUUAACGAUUGUUCAGAAUUGAAUUUCUUACAAUUACUGAUAUUGACAUGUCAAACAAAAAAUAAGGCAUUGUUUCAGAGUCUCAAUGAACAAUACAAAGAAUUAAGCACUAAAUUUGCUCCUCAACUUGAAUUCCUAGGGCAAGAAUAUUUUGGAAUCCCAGCACAAAGACAAUCUAAUUUCUUACAAGAUAUGAUGUCAGGUCUUCUAGGUGGUUCUAAAUAG